AUGGCCUCAGUUGGCCCAGACUCUUUGCAUCCAGACCUAGCCAAGAAAAACCCCACAACAGUGCAACCGAUCUACUUCCGCAUUGCCUAUGAAACGCUUGAACUUGUGUACUUGGUGGAAGGUGGAUAUUUGACUAAGGACAAACAGCUCUGGAUUCCGAGCUGGGGAAAAGUGUGGGAAAAAAUACCGACAGAGCAAAGGGAAUCCUAUGACGGUGCUAUCACUAAAGACGGGAAAUGGUAUGCUCCAAAGGGCGAGGUUGACACGACCUUCGCGACGUUUACACGGUCUGAGGCACUACCCCCCGUGCCCGAAAACUACGAGGAACAGAGGUCCUGGACAGUGUCUUAUCGAGCGGGCCAGGAUGAUAAUUGGGUGUUCUGUCCGACAAGUGACUGGUUCUCUAUUUGA